UGUAGAAACGUAACGUAACUCGUUUAACCGUAACUGUUGGCGCUAACGUUAGCGAAUGAUUUACAAUCAAACAGUAACACCAUGUCUGAGAGUUUCAUAUGGCAAUUAAAAACAUAAUUGUCACUACCUAGCUACUCGGAUUUGUAAUAAUUACUCUAACCAACUUUUUUAAAUGCUGUUGCCUCAUUUUUAAGGAAACUAAACUGAAAUGGUGCGACGGAAUCUGUAUCCUGUCACAUUUUAUGGUUCUGCGGGGUCAAAAAAAAAAAAAGACUGACUUUUUGGCCAAAUAUUGACAGGUGAUGUGUUAGGACUGUACUGGCCACCACAUUAUGCUACGACAGCUGUCAAAAUGUUUGACCCUAUUUAAAUACGAGGGGGGGGGGGGCGCUAUUCGUGGGUAACAGCUACGAAUGUACCGUUAGCAACAGUAUGUGGCAAUGGCCGCAUUAUGGAAUUCCAGUUCAGGUCACCGAAUCUCACGAUGUAAGACCGGACGUGAGGAGCUUGUUUUUUUUUUGUUUUUUUUUGUUUUUUAAGGGUUACAUUUGUCAUAAAAAGAGGCUGGUCGCAAACUGUCGUCAGAGUAGGACGUGAAGUGUCAUCUGCUGUUCAGCCAACUGACAAUCAACCACAUCCUUCAUAGUGCAAAUUCACUGACUGCUUCUCAGGGCGGUUAUCUGGUUAUCUGGAAAUGAUUCAUGCUCACUGUUAGAUCAGGUACAUGUGAGGACAUAUUGCUUCCAUCACGGGAAGUGUGACAAAGGCGACCCUGGUACUUGUCACCAUGGCUCCUUUCUUGAGGAUCACCUUUAACUCGUACGACUUGGGUGUCCUGCCACCAUUGGCGGACCCGCCCUUCUGUGCAAUCAAGAUGAAGGAGGCCUUGACAACUGAACGAGGUAAGACCCUGGUUCAGCGGAAACCCACCAUGUACCCGGCUUGGAAGGCCAGUUUUGAUGCACACAUCUAUGAGGGUCGUGUGCUCGAGGUAUUGCUGAUGAAGACAGCGGAGGAGCCUCUGGCUGAGGUCACUGUUGGUGUGUCCGUCCUUGCUGAGCGAUGCAAGAAGGCCAACGGGCGCACUGAAUUCUGGGUGGACCUCCAUCCUUCUGGGAAAGUGAUGAUGGCAGUGCAGUAUUUUCUGGAGGGAGUGGAUGCAGAGAGUAAGCAGGCAGCGAAGGAGGAAGAGGCUCCUACUCUCAACCGCAGGCGGGGGGCCAUCAAACAGGCCAAGAUCCACUUCAUAAAGAACCAUGAGUUCAUCGCCACGUUCUUCAGACAGCCCACUUUCUGCUCCGUGUGCAGAGAGUUUGUCUGGGGACUCAACAAGCAAGGCUAUAAAUGCAGACAAUGCAAUGCAGCCAUCCACAAGAAAUGCAUAGACAAAAUCAUCGGCAGAUGUACUGGUACUGCUGCCAACAGUCGGGAUACGGUGUUCCAGAAGGAACGCUUUAAAAUUGACAUGCCGCACCGUUUCAAGAGCAACAACUACAUGAGUCCCACCUUCUGCGACCACUGUGGAAGUCUGCUGUGGGGUCUUGUCAAACAAGGCCUCAAGUGUGAAGAUUGUGCCAUGAAUGUCCAUCACAAGUGUCAGGAUAAAGUAGCCAACCUUUGUGGUAUCAACCAGAAGCUUCUAGCUGAAGCACUUACACAAGUCAGCCAGAAAUCGUCCACCCGCCGUUCAGAUCCAAACCUGCCUAAUCUGCCUGAUAUUGGAAUCUAUGAUGAAGUUAACAAACUUGCUGGACUGGAGAUCAAUGAUGGAUCUCCUUAUGGCAGACUGUGGGAGGGAUCCAGCCCACGGCCUCAGUCUCGAAUUACCCAUCUGACCCGCAUCAACGUGGACAACUUCAUCUUCCACAAGGUCUUGGGAAAAGGCAGCUUUGGCAAGGUUCUCCUAGCAGAGCUGAAGGGUCGUGGAGAAUACUUUGCGGUGAAGGCUCUGAAGAAAGAUGUAGUGCUGAUGGAUGAUGACGUGGAGUGCACUAUGGUGGAGAAGAGAGUCUUGGCUUUAGCCUGGGAAAACCCCUUCCUCACGCACCUUUACUCCACCUUCCAGACCAAGGAGCAUCUGUUCUUUGUGAUGGAGUAUCUGAACGGAGGAGACUUGAUGUUUCAUAUUCAAGAGAAAGGGCGCUUUGAACUCUACAGAGCCACGUUCUACUCGGCUGAGAUCAUUUGUGGUCUUCAGUUUUUACAUUCCAAAGGGAUCAUCUACAGAGAUCUUAAGUUAGACAAUGUGAUGCUGGAUCAAGAGGGACACAUAAAGAUCGCUGACUUCGGGAUGUGCAAGGAGAACGUGUUCGGAGAGAAUCGUGCAACGACUUUCUGCGGUACUCCUGACUACAUCGCGCCAGAGAUCCUGCUGGGACAGAAAUACUCAUUCUCAGUUGACUGGUGGUCAUUUGGUGUGUUGCUGUAUGAGAUGCUCGUUGGCCAGUCGCCUUUCCAUGGAGAUGAUGAGGACGAGUUGUUUGAGUCCAUUCGCAUGGAUACUCCCCACUAUCCUCGCUGGAUCAACAAGGAGGCCAAAGACCUGCUUGAGCGGCUGUUCGAGAGAGACCCCACUCGCAGGCUAGGAAUCGUGGGUAACAUCUGUUUACACCCCUUCUUCAAGACCAUUAACUGGCAGGCCUUGGAGAGGAGGGAGGUUGAACCCCCCUUCAAACCCAAAGUGAAAGCACCAAAUGAUUGCAGCAACUUUGAUCGGGAGUUCCUCAGUGAGAAGCCUCGUCUCUCCUACAGCGAUAAGAACUUCAUAGACUCCAUGGACCAGGCGGCAUUCGCUGGUUUUUCAUUCAUCAACCCCAAGAUGGAGCACCUUUUAGAAAAGUGACUGUUUUAACAACAGUCAGACUCGGGUCCAACCCUACUGUUUAGGGGACAGUUCACUUAUUCUGUCGCAGAUGAAUGAGCUGUUCCACAAUCAGAAUUUGUGGGACCUUAUUUUAAGCACAAACAAUUCUCCUUGGGUACGUUUAGAAAUGAUAAGAGCAGAAAUGAGCCCCUGUACUGUAUAUAUUGAUGUUAUUGUAUUUGUGUGCAUGCUUAUUAUUUGUCUAGUAUGUGAAGGCCUGUAUGAGUAAUAAUAUUAGGGCGGGAGGCUGAAAAUCCCUUCAUUUCCCUUGAUGUCUCUGCUACUAUCUGCAGCCAUUCUGUGUCCCUUUCGAUAACGUUCAGUUCAACCCAACUGGGAUUGAAAAUUUAUGAAAAGGGAAAGAAACCCAUAGGAAUAAAUUGUACUGUGUACUUCAAAUGUACAUUGUUUGUGUAAAUGAGGUGACUGCAUGUAAAGAAAUCUCAGACCAACAAAAACCUAUUCAUGUUUAAAUAUAGUUUAAUAACGAAUGUUAUUUGUCUUUGAAACAUCUGAUUUCUUGCCUUUGACUUGAUAGAUCAUGUCUUGCUGACAAAGAAGAACUUGUGGUUGUCUGGUUGACUAAACAGUGCCAUGUUAAGAUCAAAUUUAAAUAGAGCUACACCUGGUCUCAGCUAUAUGUCAAGGUCGCAUCUGUGGACAGAGGCAGAUUGGGUGCAGCCAGGGUUGCAAAAAUUCAGUUAUGGUACGUGACUGUAAACAGUGAGUGGGAAGUCACUGAAAUGCUGUAUAUAGAUAAGGUAUAUGUACAGUAUAUUGUUGCAACAUGUAUAUUGGUUCACUAAGGAUGUACUUUUUUUACUGUCUCCAUCUUUUACAUCUGAUUAAAAAACCAUCAACUCCAAA